GUUGAUUUGACACAUGUUGACAAAUAAAUGUAGGGUGUUGAUAUUUGAUAUAAAUUUAUAUGCGAUUUAGAAAUUUUAAAUUUAAUCAUUAAAAAUGAAUAAUGUAAGUGCCUCUCUUCUUGUAGCAUUAUUGUGCCUUCACAUACAUUUAAGCGUAUCCCUUGAAUGCUAUGUUUGCGAUAAUCAAGAGGAUAAUAAGGGUAAAUGUGUUACCACUAUUGAAACUUGUAAUUAUGGAGAAGAUGUUUGUUUAUCAGAAAUAAGUUGGGGUAGUACUCCUUACUGGCAACAAGGUGCCUUAAAACAAUACUACAUUUCCAAAAGGUGUUCAUCAAAAGAAAAAUGUGCUAAUUUCAGAAGCAGUAACAUGGGCACUUGUACCCACAUUUGGUAUCAAGACUGGAAAUGUUCUGAGUGCUGUAAAGGAGACAGAUGCAAUUACUAUAUUAUUUCUGGAACAACAACAAAUUAUAUCAAGAACACCAAUUUAAUGUUACUAUUCAUUAUGUCUUCAGCAUUUGUGAAAUUGUUUAGUUAAUAGAUUUAUAAAUUAAGUUUAAAUGUGUUCAAGUAAUUUACAUAAAUUAAGCGCAAAAUCAAAAAUGUAUAAAAUACUAUAUAAGUUGUUAGUUUGCACAUUGACUGAGUGCUAAAUUUUAUAUUUAAAAAACUAUGUAUGAAGAAGUGCUCUUAUUAAUUGACAAUGUAUAGUUCUAUCUGUACAUAAUAUCUUUUUGUAGAUAUAUUAUUGUAUUUAGGUACUAAUUAUUUAAAAAAUCCGUC